ACGUAAUAUAAAUAGGCUGGUCGACAAUACGGGUGUUGGUAGAAUAUACGAAACCAAUGAUUCCCAUAUGUCCAGUGGUCUCCUUCACCUAUGUGCCCAGCCGGCUUGGUGAAGAUGCCAAAAUGGCUACCGGCAAUUACUUUGGAUUUACCCAUGGCGCUGCCGCCCAGUACAGUCAGCAGCCAGCUGCCGGGGUAGCAUAUACACAUCCCACCACAGUGGCCAGUUACACGGUUCAUCAAGCACCUGUGGCGGCACACACUGUGGCAGCGGCCUAUGCUCCCACUGCAGCCACCGUUGCUGUAGCUAGGCCCGCACCCGUCGCCGUGGCAGCUGCUACUGCUGCAGCUUAUGGAGGAUACCAGCCAACUCAUGCUGCUACUGACUAUGGCUACCCUCAGCGCCAGCCUGAAGUCCCUCCACCGCCACCACCGGUCACCUCACAGAACUACCAGGACUCCUACUCGUAUGUACGGUCCACAGCUCCUGCUGUAGCUUACGAUAGUAAGCAGUACUACCAACAGCCCACUGCUACAGCAGCUGUUGCUGCUGCGCAGCCACAACCCAGUGUGGCAGAUUCCUACUACCAAACAGCCCCCAAACCAGGAUAUAGCCAAGGGGUAACGUCAUACACCCAGAGCCAGCAGACUCGACAGGUGACCGUGAUAAAGCCAGCUGCUCCUAGUCCAGCCUCAUCCACUUUCUCCAUCUACCCAGUAACCUCCACUGUCCAGCCCGUGGCUGCUGCCGCGUCUGUGGUCCCUUCUUACUCCCAAAGCCCAACCUACAGCACCAAUGCUGUGACAUACUCUGGAACCUCAUACUCGGGCUAUGAGGCAGCAGUUUACUCAGCUGCCUCCAGCUACUACCAGCAGCAACAGCAGCAGCAGAAGCAGGCAGUGGCAGCUGUGGCAGCGACAGCAGCGUGGACGGGCAACACUUUCACCAAGAAACCCCCCUUUCAGAAUAAGCAGCUUAGGCCCAAGCAGCCACCCAAGCCCCCUCAGAUCCACUAUUGUGAUGUCUGCAAGAUAAGCUGUGCUGGCCCACAGACUUACAAGGAGCAUUUAGAAGGCCAGAAGCACAAGAAGAAGGAAGCAGCACUGAAGGUUUCCCAGAGCAGCACCAGCAGUGGAAGUGGUGGAGGAGUAUUGGCCCGCAAUGCUCAGAACCAGCUCCGCUGUGAACUGUGCGAUGUAUCCUGCACUGGCGCCGACGCCUAUGCUGCCCAUAUCCGAGGAGCCAAGCACCAGAAGGUUGUGAAGCUUCAUACCAAACUUGGUAAACCCAUUCCCUCUACUGAGCCCAGCAUGGUCACUCAGACAUCUUCCUCCACCACAUCUGCCCCCAGCAAGACCACCACAGCUACUCUGAGCAGUUCCAGCACCACCAGCUCUCUGUGCAUGCCUGCCUCCUCCUCUUCUGCCACCAGCUCCAGUCCCCCCUACCUGAAACCUGUCAACAUAGUCAGCAGUGGUAUUGGAGGUGUCAAAAACACAUUAGCCAACAGCCUGUCUGCUACCAGCUCUGCCUCAGCUGGAAAGAAAGUCAACGCUCCCAAGAUCAAUUUUGUUGGUGGAAAUAAAUUACAGACUACAGUAAAGAUGGAUGAGGCCAGAGCGGAGGUAAAAGUGGAGGUUUCUAAGCCUGCAACGCCCUCUUCAGGUAGUCAGGACCUGAAGACUGAUGUUUCAGAUUCUCUGUCCACAUCCGCCCUAGCAGCACUGCAGAGUGACGUCCAGCCUGUCGGCCAUGACUAUGUUGAGGAAGUCCGAAAUGAUGAAGGCAAAGUCAUCCGCUUCCAUUGCAAACUGUGUGAAUGUAGUUUCAAUGAUCCAAAUGCAAAGGAAAUGCAUCUAAAAGGACGUAGGCAUCGCCUGCAGUACAAGAAAAAGGUGAACCCAGAUCUGCAGGUAGAGGUCAAGCCCAGCAUUCGAGCCAGAAAGAUUCAGGAAGAAAAGAUGAGAAAGCAGAUGCAGAAAGAGGAGUAUUGGAGAAGAAGAGAGGAGGAGGAACGCUGGAGAAUGGAAAUGCGGCGUUAUGAAGAAGACAUGUACUGGAGACGUAUGGAGGAAGAGCACCACUGGGAUGACCGACGUCGUAUACCAGAUGGAGGUUAUCCACAGGGGCCUCCUGGUCUACUUGGAGUCCGACCUGGCAUGCCUGGCCUGCAGCCCCAGGGACCUGUGCCCCCACGUCGACCUGAUUCUUCAGAUGACCGCUAUGUCAUGACCAAGCACGCAGCCAUCUACCCAUCAGAAGAUGAGCUCCAGUCUAUCCAGAAGAUUGUGUCAAUCACAGAGCGUGCCCUCAGACUGGUCUCGGACAUCAUUACAGACCAGGACAAGGCUAAAGAAGAGGACAAAGAGAAGAAAGAACCUUCUAAAGACAGAGCCCUGAAGGGAGUGAUGAGGGUUGGAGUCCUGGCCAAAGGCUUGCUUCUACGUGGAGACAAGAAUGUCAACCUUGUCUUGCUCUGCUCUGAGAAGCCCACCAAGGGCCUCCUCACCCGCAUUGUGGAGCACCUCCCCAAACAACUAACAAUGGUAACGCCAGAAAAAUAUGAAGUGAAGGGAUCUAUCCAGGAAGCAGCCAUCAUUCUGACCUCCUGUACCGAGCCAAAGAUGCAAGUGACUAUCACACUGACUUCACCUGUCAUCAGAGAGGAAAAUGGCCGGGAUGGAGAUGUAACUUCGAGUAUGGUGAAAGACCCAGCGGACGUCUUGGACAGGCAAAAAUGCCUUGACGCUCUGGCUGCUCUGCGCCACGCUAAGUGGUUCCAGGCUAGAGCCAAUGGACUUCAGUCGUGUGUGAUCAUCAUCCGAAUCCUGCGAGAUCUCUGUCAGCGAGUUCCUACAUGGUCGCCGUUCCCAGGAUGGGCCAUGGAGCUGCUAGUUGAGAAGGCCAUCAGCAGCGCCUCUGCCCCCCUCAGCCCAGGUGAUGCACUGAGACGUGUCUUUGAAUGUAUUUCGUCUGGAAUUUUACUCCCUGGUGGGCCAGGAUUGGUUGAUCCGUGUGAAAAGAAACCUGUUGAUACCCUAACACCUAUGGGAGAGCAGCAGAGAGAAGACAUUACCUCAAGUGCCCAAUUUGCUCUGAGGCUGUUGGCAUUCCGUCAGAUCCAUAAAGUUUUGGGUAUGGACCCUCUGCCGCAGAUGAACCCCCGCUUCAACAUACGCAACAGCCGCAAGCGUCGCCGUGACAACAGUGAUGGGACAGACAGCUUCGAGGGUGAAGGCAAAAAGGACAAGAAAGAUUAUGAUAGUUUCUAAGUUUCUGUUAUUAAUUUAAAGUAAUCUACAUACAAAAAUGUACUAACAUUAUGUAUGCGCUGUCUCCUGUGUACUGGCUAAGGUCCAGUGUUGCUGUUAUUCCCCCCACCCCACCCUUUUUAAGAUGUACCAGUGUAAUUGCAGCCUCACACUGUAUUACACAGAAAAAUGUCAAUUUGUGUGCUGUUUUAGUUGUAGAUUUCUUAAAGUUGGGGUUCAGACUUCUCUGUACUAGAUAAAGCAGUUUUUAUCUGAUGUGCUUCUUAAGUAAGUAAAGCUUUAUUUAUUAGGCACUUUUUAAACCAGUUACAAAGUGCUUCACACACAUGCACACGGAAAAAUAUAAAUGAAGAAAUAAGGGAAAACUAAAUUACAAGAUAAAACACAGACCAGACAAAAACAAAGCAAAACAGACUGGGAUGAAGAUAUAUAAUAAUUUUAAAAUUUCUAGAAGCUGCUUCAAACAGUCCAAAGAUUCAGUAAAUUGGACAGAUGGGGAAGAUAAUUCCAGAGAUUGGGGAUAAAACAGCAGAGACAUAAUUACCUUUUGUUUUGCAGUGGAGCAGGGGGUGGAUAAAAAGCAGAGAUGAGAGGAUCAAAGCAGAAUGCGGACCAAGGAGAUCAGAAAUGUAACUUGGGGCAAGUUCGUACAGAGCCUUAGAAAUAAUCAAGUUUAUUCUGAAUUUUACAAGAAGCCAGUGGAGAGAAACAAGAACAGGGGUACAGCUUCAGGACAUGUGGUAAAAAGCUAUAUACUGAUCAAAGAUGACACCAAGAUUCUUAGCAGUAGAUUUGAUAUUAGAGUGAAAUGGACCAAUAAACUGAUCAACUGCAGAGAAAAGAUAUCAGGACCAAUAAACAUUUCUGUUUUGUCAGUGUUUAGGUGGAGGAAGUUAAGAGACAUCCAUUCUUUGGUGGCAGCUAAGCAAUCAUGGAAGGAGGACAGUUGAUUCAGACUAUUGGGUUUUAUUUGAUAAAUAUAUCUAUCAUCAGCAUAACAAUGAUAUCACACGUCCUGAAAAUGGCCAAAUGAAAUGACCCAGAGGAAGCAUGUACAAUGAAAAAAGGAUUGGUCCAAGGACCGACCCAGAGGGGCACCACACUGCAGGGGAGCAGAGGAGGAAACGUGAUUGUUGAUACAGACAAUAAAGCAUCUAUAACCAUUUUAAAGCUGUCCUAGAAAUGCCAACACAGUUCCCCAACCCGUGAAGUACAAUGACGGCAGCAGUCAAAUCUAGUCAGAUAAGAAUUUCGUGUUCACCUCUGUGCGCAUGCAUAAGAAGAUCAUUUGUUACUCUCAGUACUGUGCAUGUGAUGAAAGACCUUGAACAACUUUGGGAGUUGGUCGGUGACAAGUUCUUCAAGGACAGCUCUCUAACUGUGUUGGGUCUAGAGAGGGUUUCUAAGAUAAACUGACCACUGGCAACUUCAAAAUAGUCAGGGACAGACCCAGAUGUGACACAGUAGUUGUUAAUAGAAUGCAAGCUGGGGCCAAAGACAGGGAAGAUUUGUAGAAAGAACAGGAACUAGAGGAGGACACUAUGAGCUACAGUCUUUAUACGGAUCUGCAGGGAGAGAGAGCAAAUCAUACAGUAAAGAAGGGUGGCUGGAUGGUAAAAGUGGAAAAUUGCUCUCAGACCAUCAAUAUUACAUAACAACAUGAAAAGAUAUGAAGUUUUCACAGGCAUUAGAAAAUAUGGUGGGAAUGACAGGAAGAGGGAUGUACAAACUGGUUAAUGGUGGUAAACCGGAACCAUGGGUUGUGUUAAUUACUAUUAAUUGAGCCAGAAAAAUGGGCAGCUCGCGUAUCUUAAAUAAUCUGGUUCAGUUUAAACAAUAGCUCCUUCAGGUGAUGAAGCUUAGACUUAUUCCAUCUGUGUCCGGCCUUCCUUUAUUCUCUUCUUUGUUGUCUGAUGCAGUCAUUGAUCCUAGAGGUUGCGUUUAAACUAGGACAGCCCUCAAUGUGUAUAUAGAAGUAAUAGAAGUGCUCAUGACAGUGGCCUCUUAAGCUUCUGCUGCUGCUGCUGCUGCUCCCCCCUGAACUGUGUUUUUGUUUGAUUCUAAAUCGCGGGGGUCGACGGAGAUCACAGGAUCAAAAAGUGGAGCCAGACCUCAGGAGGAAAAGCAGUGAUAAUGUAAAUGCCUUCAUUCAUCUGUACAGUUGCAUUCAGAGGUGGACUUUGUCGUUGUUAGCAUUGUGAAGCAUUCAUUUGGCCAACCUAAUUUUCAAAGUCUUUCUUUUGAAUAUGAAUUACUGUGCUUAAUGCGAGUGAUGUUUGAUGCUGUGGUCUCGUUACGUCUCAGCGCUCGGCUACACUAAAGAUAAAAGACCUAUGAGGCAUUGCACAAAGAUUCAGAAGAACUUUAAGUGUUGAUAGAUCUUUAUUAGUAGUGAAGUUGUCAGACCUAAAUGUCAGUGUUAUGUCUUUUCACUUUCAUAUAUAUGAAAGUAUUUGUAUAAUCUUUAAAUAGAUUUAAAAAAAAACAACAUUUUGGUUUGUGGAAAACAUGGCCAUGUUCACACUGCGUACUGUUUUGACUUUUCAAAUUUUCUUUUCCUGGUUGAUGAACUCCAUUGGCUUGCUUGCCUUUUAACUUGGUUAGGUGCUAAAUUAAGUUCAGUACUGGAAAUAAGAAUAAAAAUCCUGACUGGGAAUGGGAGGGACAGUAAUGUAAUCGCCCUUCAGUGUAGGUUCUCUUGUGAAUGCUUGCCGUGCUCUGCGUUCUGCUUUAUAACUCCAGUAGCAGAAUAAAUACAUUUCCAGAUUAAA